CAGCCAUCCUUCAGUGUUCACUCACACACACACACACACACACACGUCUCGGUACCUGUACGGUGUGGUGUACUCCAACGUCCCACGCAACGCCCGAGCGAACGAAAGGCUGCCCGGUCGCUACAAAGUGGAAAGUGGAAAGUGCCCAACUCCAUUCGACCCCCAACCUCCGAUCCCCGACCAGGUAGUCAGGUACGCCGCACAGCGCCUGCACCAACAACUAGUACCACCACUGCCCAAGGUACCUUACUCCAGCAAGUCGCAAAGUUGCUCGUUUUUUUUUGUGAUAGCUUCUGCCAUUCACCACACACUCCUUCUCUUCCGCAACUCUCCUUCGCCCAACCCCGGAACCCUCUCCCACCACCGACGACCGCUGCGUCUCGGGAUUCAAUUGCGCGCGACACCCUCCGAACCGUCAAUCCCGCUCGUUGUUCCCGAAGUUUGGGGACACGAAGAAAUCCAGAGUCAACGAUCCAUCAUACCUUGCGACGACGUCCCCUUAAAGCCCGACACCGUACCACCGCCAGCCACCCCUCCCACCCACGACAAGAACGUCGACCGACCGACUCGCCCCCUACUGCCACGAUACCCACGAUAACGAUCCCCCGGCAGUCACAAUGGGUGGUCAACUCUCAAAGAUGAUGGGCAAGAUCUUCGGAUCAAAGGAGAUGCGCCUGCUGAUGCUGGGUCUCGACGCCGCCGGCAAGACCACCAUUCUCUACAAGCUCAAGCUCGGCCAGGACGUCACCACCAUUCCCACCGUCGGCUUCAACGUCGAGACCGUCACCUACAAGAACGUCAAGUUCAACGUCUGGGACGUCGGUGGUCAGGACAAGAUCCGUCCCCUCUGGAGACAUUACUUUAGCGGAACCCAGGGUCUUAUUUUCGUCAUUGACUCGUCGGAUCGCGCGAGAAUCGAGGAGGCCAAGUCGGAAUUGCACAGAAUCAUCAACGACCGCGAAAUGAAGGACAGCUUGCUGCUGGUCUUUGCCAACAAGCAGGAUGUCAACGGAGCCAUGAAGCCGCAAGAAGUCACCGAGGCCCUGAACCUAUCAAAACUGAAAGACAAGGUCUGGUACGUUGUGCCCAGUUGCGCGACGACGGGCGAGGGCCUACUCGAGGGCCUGGCUUGGCUGUCCAACAACGUCAAGGCACCACCUGCCCCAGCCAAGAAGUAGACGACGAGACGAGCGGCAAACGCCUUUCUCGACCACCAAUCCGACUCUUUCAUGAUUCACCGACUCACCGAUAACUCCACCAAGCCCAUCGCCUGUCUACCCCAUCUCGCCUUUCCCGAUCUGUGUUCCCAUCGCAAGAACGCGUAUUGAGGCAUCCAACGAUCCCGGACCGAGUUCGACGGCGGGGACGUUCUAGAUCCUAACAAACGUCCAAGCACCCACCGCGGCCCGGGUAAUGGAUGCAGGAAAAGAUGUCUCCGCAAGGACGCGCUGCCAGGGACCUACCUCGAAAAACAGAGCGACUCAUCCCUCAUAAUCCAUUUCUCAGCAGCAACGGAUUUCCAUCAACCACGCGGAGACCUCUUGUUCUACUUCUUUUACCAAACCAAACCUCUUGAUGUAACGUUUUUUAACUACGCUGAUAUGGAGAAAAAGACGGAGAGAAAGGGGGAAAUAGGAGAAAGAGCCAAAAAGAAGGGAGAAAGGGGCGGCUUUUCCAACAUAUCAUCAUACGUUUUUCUCUUCCCCCCUCGGGCUGCUGGCUUAUUCUCUUCUGUCGCCCCCUUCCAACAUUUUCGUUUCUCUGGUUUCUCUGUUCCAAUGUUGUUCUGAAAUACCCGAGCUUUAGAAGGUGAAAGAAAAGAACGUGGGGAUUUUUUUGGGGCGGGGCCUAACAGGCAGGUAGUGAGUGUUCUUUCUCUCUUCCCUUUUUUAUUUUUGUGUUCCCUUAUCUUCAUAAGCUGUAUUCAAAUGAUGUACAAGAAACUGUCCAAAAAUGCCCGUCUGCGGUUCCCAUCCUCGUCCAUUCCAUCUUUCCCGUGAAGCAG